AUGAUUGAUUAAGAAAGUUUGCUAGCCGAAUUAGGAUUGAUGGAUGACAGAAAAUUAUUGCUAGAAUUAACCAUAUAACUUGGAUAGAAUGAACAUGAUAUCAUUUAUCUAUAUGAAGGGGAUGAUAUUGGAGUUAAGGCUAGUUAAUUUUGUGAAAAACAUCAUUUAAAAGAUGAAAUUAUAGAUAUCAUUGCUCAAAAUAUUAAACUAAAUCUAAAUGAGAAAGAAAAUUAUUUUAGCUUCGUAAAUUAAUCAACUUAGAUAAGUAAUACAAAUACUAAUAAGCCUUUGCAUGAUUAAACUAUUAAUUAAAUUAGGGAAAUAAAUUAAGAGAAGAAAGAAAACAAGAAUGAUAUUUUGAAUAAAUCAUAAACAGCCAUCAAAAAAACUAACAUCUAUGAAAAAUAAGUCAAAUAAAUGAAUUUUAAAAAUAAUGUACUCUAAAAGUAAAGAUUAUUAAAAGAAGAAGAAUAAAUUAAAGAAGCUACGUUCAAACCUAAGCUCAAUUAAAAUACAUUGAAAAUUGUUAGCACUACCAGAUAAAAUAGAAAUAAAACACCUGAAUAUUAUUUGUUGAAAUAUGGAUAAUAAUUACAAGAAUAAAAGAGAAAGGCUGAAUAAUAAUUUAUGAAUGAAACUUCAAGAGAAUGUUCUUUUAAACCUGAGAUUAACAAAAUGUAAUAAUAAUUUUUUUAUUUAGCUCUCAGAAAAUUUGUGAUGAAAUUAUAAAGAAAGAUGUGAGCAUGACUAAAUUUGAUUAACUUUAUAAUCAUGCUAAAAUAAGAAAAGCUAAUGAUAAAUCUUAAACUUCUUUUAUUUAGGAAUCAUAAACCUAAUAAACAAAAAGAAGUGUAACUCCUAAUAGAUCAUAAAAUAAACAAUAUUUACCAUUUUUAGAAAGAGUGGAAAUGCAAAAAAAGAUUAAGGAAGAUAAAUUAAAAUAAGAAAUAGAAGAAUCUCAAAUGUAUGAUGAUAAAAGUGGAUAAAAACUAUUUUAACCAUAAGUUCAUAGUGCAAACAGAUCUAGAGGUGGACUCAGUAUUGGAGAGUACCUUUAUCAAUAAUAAAAAUCUUUAAAUGAAGAAUCAAUCAUAUAAUUUGAAUGUGAUGAUUUAAGUAAAUCCGUAUAAACUGAAAGAUCUAAUUAAAUAGUUUUAUAAAUGAGAAAAAAAAAACUAGAAGAUUAUUUUAAACUAAUGGAUUCGGAUAAUGAUGGAUUGAUUAGUGCUCAAAAUAUUUAUCUCGAGGAAUUACCAACUGAGGCAUUAGAACUAUUAUAACCAGUUAUUUUAUAAUUAGAAAAAUUGGACAUUUAUUUAAAUAUUGAAACAUGGACAGCAAAAUGUUUGGAUGUCAUUGAAAAAAUGAGUGUUGUUGAUAAAAAUCGACUAUUUUAGAGAUAAAAUAAAUAGUAAAAAACAUAGCCUGAUUAAUCCAGUACUUUUAGACCUUAAUUAAAUUAAAAAUCAGAGAUUAUUGCAAAAUAAAGAUAAACAUUUAAAGGACCAGCUGCCUUAUAUUAGAAGGCAAUGAAAGAAAAUAUAGUUAAAUAAUAAAAAAUCAAGUAGAUUAAAUAAUAAUUAGAAUAAAAAGAGGCUAAAUAAUGCACAUUUUAACCAAAAAUUAAAUUUUUUGGUGGAUCAAGGACUAGCACUGGAUUUUAUUGA